UUUGUUAAAGUUAGUAUUCUGCUUUGCUCGAAAACGGCAAAGUACUCCAACACAUGCAGAUAUUGAACAUGCAGUUGAAAAAAAUUUUAGCGGACUUCAGGAACUUGAUACAUGGAGUAUCUUUAAAUCAUGUCUUCCAUAUGAUUUUUCUGUGUCAAAAGAUACGGAGGCAGAUAUUUCUGCAUUGCGUUUAAUUGCUGAUAGUUUUGCUGAUGUAUGUCCAUGUUAUGAAUAUCGUUUAAAUUCUGAAAAGACUGAUAAAGCACAUUGUUUAAGUUCUCGCUAUCUUUUGUUAAUGACCGAUGAUUAUGCUGCUUUACCAAUAAUUGAGCAGCAUUACUUGAAACCCAAUUAAAAAAGUACUGUCAUUUUCGGAAGCAGCUUUCCUAAGGACCAACAGUUUACUCAGGUAUGUCGUGAUAUAAAUAGAGUUAAGAUAUGUAUGGAGACUGGCACUAGAGUUGUGUUGUUAAACAUGGAAAAUUUAUAUGAAAGUCUUUAUGAUACAUUAAACCAGUAUUAUGUAUCACUUGGAGGAAAGAACUAUGUAGAUUUAGGCAUUGGAACUCACAGAGUUAAAUGCAGAGUGCAUGAGGAUUUUAGACUUAUAGUGAUUGCAGAUAAAGAAAAUGUACAACACCUUUCCUAUACCUUUGAUAAAUAGACUUGAGAAACAUUUUUUAACUGUAUUGAAUGGAAUGAAACAGUCUCAGAUAGAACUUGCUGAGAAGCUUAAAAGAUGGGCUACAGAUUUUUCUAGCAUAAACUCACUCACACAUGAGUUCAAACCAUCAGAUUCAUUUAUUGGAUACAGUGAAGAUAGUUGCGCUUCAAUUGUAAUUAAACUUUAUCAAAAGUAUGUUGGGAAUAGUGAGGUUGAACAUGAUAAAGUUGGUGAGGUUGAUCAUGAUAAGAUUUUCGAAGAAAGUUGUCAGGUUUUAUUAAAAUUAGCUACUCCUGAUUCUUUAUUGCGUGUUGUGAAAACAAGUUUGAGAGACCAUUUUGAGUAUUAUUGGAAUAUUUACUUUAAUGAACAGUUUCAUCAUUCUCUGGCAGCAUAUCUUAUCAAUGAACUUGAUAAUAUAGAUAGUAAAUUUAUGCAGGUAUUUUUUUGUCAAGUCUUAUUACUUUUAAACUACAGUUUUUUUCUAUAUUUUCUAUAUUUUAUUAAACAAAGUUAACAUAAU